UAUCAAUUGAUUGAAUCCUUAAUACAAGAAAGAGAUGUUAUGUAUAAAUCACUCACACAUUCUUCUAACGCUCUCGAUGUUUCGUUACUAAUAAUAUAUUCUUAGAACACAUAUUUUAGUUUUCUCCUUUAGCAAAACACUAAAAUGGGUAGACAACUAGUGUUCUUUCUGGUUCUCACUAGCCUAUUAAUUGGCUUAGGAGAAGCAGAUCAUUGGAACAUCUUAAAUUCAAGAAAAAAGGCAAGUAAUGUUGUUGGUGCUAGAACAAGUUUGAAAAAUUACUGUGAGAGUUGGAGGAUCAAUGUGGAGCUAAACAACAUUAGGGGCUUUGAGUUUGUUCCACAAGAAUGCACACAUUAUAUAUGGAAGUAUAUGACUUCAACUCAAUAUAAAUCAGACUGUGAAAGAGCCAUUGAAGAAGCUCAACUCUACUUGGGUAAUCACUGCAAUUUGAAAGGUGAUGGUAAAGAUGCUUGGAUUUUUGAUGUUGAUGACACCCUUAUAUCCACUCUCCCAUUUUUCAAGAAACACAGUUUUGGGGGAGAAAAGCUGAACCUGUCUAAUAUGGAAGGGUGGAUGAAGGAGACAAAUGCACCAGCAUUGGAACAUGGUCUUAAACUCUAUAAUGAGAUUAAAGCAAAGGGCUAUAAAACAUUCUUGAUAUCUAGCAGAAGAGAAUGCCUAAGGGAUGCCACUGUUGAAAACCUAAUCAAGGUUGGUUACCAUGGAUGGUCUAGUCUCAUCUUGAGGGGUCUUGAGGAUGAACAUACAGGAACACAAAACUAUAAAGCAGAGGCAAGGAAACAACUGGUGGAUGAAGGUUACCGCAUAUGGGGAUUAAUUGGUGAUCAAUGGAGCAGUUUUACUGGAACUCCAGCUCCUAAAAGAACAUUUAAACUCCCUAAUUCCUUAUAUUAUAUUUCUUGAUUAAUGGACUCAAGUGAAAUCCUUUUUUGGGCUCAUGUUGUCAUAGAUUUUUUUUUUUUUUCUUGUGUGAUUUUGUUUCCCAUUUCAAUCCAUUGCAUUGUGGAAUGAAACUAAAAACAUGUUAAAGCCAAGAUUGGCCGGCUGGUUGCUGCUAUACAUAGUAUUUUCCCCUACUGUGAGAGUUGGGAACCAAAUAAUGGCGAAAAACAAUUUAUUUCUAUGAA